AUGUGCCAGAACGACCCUUAUUGGAAAAUAAGGCAUGAUGCAACAGAGCUGCUGGAUAAGGUCGUGAUCUCGGUGUGCGUCCCAGGCUGCUCAUCUACCGCGCAGGUGGCUCCGAUCGGCCACAUGCCCACCAUACAGGUGCUGCUACAGCGACUGCAUGAUGAAUCAUUUGCCGUUCGUGCAAGAGCUGGUAGCGCGAUCGAGAAGCUGACCGAACGAGGCGACAGAGUUGCAUUGGACGCCUUCAAGAACCUUGCAAGGGCUGCAGUGAAAGGCCUACAAAACGUGAUUAAGGAGCCAAAUUCCAAGGCAAGUCUUUGUGCGGUUACCGACGCUCUUCUCAAGCUUUUGGUGUCGAUGGAGGCUUCCAUGACGGAGGAAGCGGAUGAAGUGUACGACUCGCCCUCAAAAGACGCGCUCAUUCGCGCUCUUCCUGACUUGUCGAGGAAGGACGACCCUGAAGUGAUCACCGUCUUAAUUCGCAUGUUCGAAACAGAGAGCAAUGACUUCACCAAGGAAAGGAUUGCAAAAGCUCUCGGGCGAAUUGCAUCAAGGGGAAACCGGAGAGUGGUUGAUUUGCUAUUAACAGCUAUCGAUGCUGAGGAUUACAUCGUAGCUUUGCCAUGCGUGCAAGCAAUCGGCGAUGUGGCUAAGCUUGAUGACGCCAAGGUGAUUGCUGUGCUUAUCCAGUGCCUGCAGCACGAGGAGGUUGCAAUCAGACUCUCAGGUUUGAAGGCUAUUUCCAAAGCUGCGUCUAGGGGCCAUGCUACGGUCGUUCCAAUGGUCCUUAACGCGUUGAAUGACAAGAAUCCGGCUGUGCGGUUGGAAGGCAUAUCGGCGCUCGGACGCCUGGGCUCGCCCACAGAUCGGCAAGUUGUAAAAUCACUGGGAAAGAUCGCAGACUCGGAACAAGUUGCUCAAAGAGAUGCCGCACAGGCUGCUUUGUUAGAGAUUAUCCGAAGUGUUGAGAAUGAAGACUUCUGUGAAUGA